AUGCGGAGGGAAAAUCGCAGGGUGGUGACAUCGCGAGUGCUGGUCGCUCCCCGCGGAGCUCGUCGCGGCCUCGGGCUGGUAGACUCCGAAGAUCGGUCGCGAGGGCGCGGAUACUACUGUGAGCACGCGAUCCCAUCAAGUGCACACACUAAGAAAAACGCAUACACUCGCGAGGUCGCGGACGCCCACGCGGGGUCGCGAGUCCGCAAGUCAAGUGGAGAGGUGGCACUCGCGAGGUCUCCGGCUCUUCUGCGAGGUCGGGAGGUUGAUGCCAGCAUACGAAGGGAAGCCAAACAUGAUCGUCUUCAGCCGAUUUCUUCCACUCAAUCAUCAUCAAUACCACAUGUUCAACCCGCAGCCGCCCCAACAACAACGAUACAAGAACAAGAGGAAGAACAGGGGAGGCCCAGAUGA